AUGGAUCCUCCCAAACUCAGCGACACUCCGAACCGCCACCCCGGCUAUUGCUUAAGCAUCUCCACCAAACUUAUCCACACACUGACAGACAUCCUCACCACCAAUGUCUCAGACGGACAGGAUAACCUCGUUCUCUCCGUCGGCAGCGGCAAUGGCCUUCUGGAAGCACACCUCCUAAACCACCUGACCUCUGUACCAGCCCUCCACUCCAGAUUCACAGUCCAAGGCGUAGAAGUCCGCACCUCCCCUGCAGCAGCCCCUGUGAACAAAUACCUCCCCGAGCAAAAUUGCACUGCCGUCAGGGGCACAUGGGAGCUCUCCCCGCUUCUCAGUACCGCAGACUCGCUGCUCUUUGUCUACCCACGCGACCCGGGGCUGGUGCGCCGGUAUCUGGAGUCCCGGCCAGCGUCACUGCGUGUUGUGGUGUGGUUGGGCCCGCGUGCGGACUGGGAUGUGUUUGGAGAGUGUUUUCAGGGCUUGGACGGGUUUGGAAAUGUUGAUUUCGUGGAAGGUGACGAUGCAGGUGUUGCUGGUUUCGAAAUGGUUGCUGUUGUGCGGAGGCUUGGUUGA